UGUGUAUAUGUGUUUGAGUGAAUGUGUGUUUAUGUGUGUGUUUGGGAGAGUGUGUGUGUUGUGUGUGUGUGCUUCUUACAGUGCCCCACUGGUGGGGCUGUUCCUCUGUUGGCCGUGUGACUGCUGCCUAGGGACAUCUGCUGCUUCUUGUCAGCCAGGAACCCAUGCCUAAGGAGGACACACACACUCAUACACUCUUACUCUCUCAUUCCUCUAACACACACACACUCUCCAACGCUCUGUAGCUCCAGAGCCUUUCCGUCAGUCUGUCUUUGUUUUCAGCCGUCCAGCCACCAAGGACCAACCACCAUCUACCAUCAGCAGAUGAGCUGCAGACUUCCUUUUCAACAAGGAGCCCUCAACACUCUGCCACUGGUCUGAGAGUGAUCCAGUGGGAGACAGAGAGAGCAUCACAAAGUGAACCAACAAGUACAGAACACUCUACUGCUUCUUGGAGAAGGAGAGAGUGAAAGCUCCGCCAGCCUUGGUAACCCAGCUGCCACUGUCACUGCCACCCAGCCCAGCGGAGAGGCUUGUCGCUGUCCACGCCUGAGACCAGAGACCUGCGUGAACUUGAACUCAAGUGGCAGAGUGCAUCCUACUGCCCAAGGCAAAGAUGAUUGACCUUCCUGAACUCUUCACCUGAGCUUCUAACUCUUCUCGCAUCUUUACUUUUCAGUCACACAUUAUUAGUUUCCAGUCAUCUGAAGUAACUUUCCUCAGAAGAGACCAAGAUUCUGUCAUCGAUCUGACAGCAGUGAUCACGACCGCCUGACCAGUAACCUUGAUUGCUCAUCGGAGAGUCACCCUCUCUUACUGACAACAAGCCUCAAGUUCCAUACGCACAAGAGUAGAGGGACUAUCUUAUUAAACAGAAACAAAUUCUUCUGUCCUGUUCAGUUGAUACCCACCCAACCUGCCCUGUAAGCAGUGAGAGACUCCUUUGAUAUCCUCAGAGAAGCAAAGCACAGGCGCCCCCUAGUGGUUGACCUGAAGCAUGGCAGACUGGAGCCUUCUUGGUAACUUCCUAGAGGAGGUGCAUGAACACUCCACAUCGGUGGGCAAGGUGUGGCUGACGGUGCUGUUCAUCUUCCGCAUCCUGGUGCUGGGCACGGCGGCCGAGUCCAGCUGGCUGGACGAGCAGGAGGACUUCAUGUGCGACACGAACCAACCCGGUUGCGAGAACGUCUGCUACGACAGCGCGUUCCCCAUCGCACACAUCCGCUACUGGGUGCUGCAGAUCGUGUUCGUGUCCACGCCGUCGCUGGUGUACAUGGGCCACGCCAUGCACACGGUCCGCAUGGAGGAGAAGAAGAGGAGGAAGGAGCAGGAGGACCAGGGAGGAGGGGAGGAUGAAGGGAAGGAGGGAGGAGGAGGAGAAAUCGAGAAGAAGUACCCACAGGAGGAAGAGAGGGAUUGUGGGAAGGGCCAGGAGGGAGCAGCCAAGAUCCGCCUGAGGGGGGCGCUGCUGCGCACCUACAUCCUGAGCAUCCUGGUGCGGCUGCUGAUGGAGGUGAGUUUCGUCCUGGUGCAGUACCUCAUCUACGGCAUCUUCCUGAACGCGCGCUACCUGUGCGAGACCAAGCCCUGCCCGCACAAGGUGGACUGCUACGUCUCUCGGCCCACCGAGAAGAACAUCUUCAUCGUGUUCAUGCUGGCCGUGGCGGGGGUGUCGCUGCUGCUCAGCCUGCUGGAGCUCUACUACCUGGCCUGGAAGCAGUGCCGGCGCUGGGUUCGCAAGUACCGGGACGAGCAGCAGCUGCAGGGGCAGGACGAACGCCGACCUUUGACCCCGUCCACUAUCACCGCCACCUCGCCAGAACCGCCCCACCAUGGCCUGCCUCUGCCGCCGUGCUCGCCGCCCCCCGACUUCAGCCAAUGCCUGCCCCCGCCCUCGCCCGUACACGCCCACUCCCACAGCCACUCCCACACCCACCCCAGCUGCCCCUCCUACAGCGACCGACUGGCCAAUCAGCAGAACUCCGUCAACAUGGCUGCCGAGCGCCACCGCGGCCUGGACGCCACGGCCCAGGACUUCCUGGGGAGGCCGUCCUUUCUGACACCGACCACUACGGCGGCACCUCCUCCCCCGCAAGAGGACGGAGUGGCCUGUCCCCAGGUGCUGGCCAACGGCUUCGUCAAGGACAAGCGCCGCCUCAGUAAGACCAGCAGUGCCAGUGUCCGCAUGCGGCCGGACGAUAUCGCCGUCUAAGGCUUUUAACAAGCCGGCACGAGAAACAUACUGAAAAAGAAAAAAUAGGACUGCACAUUUUUUUUUUUUUUUUUGUACUUUUUAAUCGCCUCAUGAACAGUGUGUGCAAUGGCCAUUUCGCUUUCAACAGCCACACUGAAGAGUCAACUCCCCCUCCACUGAGCAGGUGCAUCUAUUUGGCACUCCACCAGACUGGACAAUAUGGUUUGCAUAAGCAUGAAGCAACAGCGCUGUAUUGCCAAGAGCUCACAUACUGUAGGAGCCAAAGUAGAGGAACCUACCACUUCCCUUCCUGGGGUACAGCUUUAGCACUGUGAAGAAACAAUCAAAUACAUCGUUUGCACUACACAUAGUAUCUGUUCAUUCUAUAGCUGAUUACACAUGCCGUCCACACAGCUCUGAUUAGAGUCUCAAGCACAACAGGUGUCCUGAUGAUGUUUUGCUGAUGAGCGCUCGAUGGACUGACAGGACAACUGCAUCUUCUCACUGGCCUCGCUGAGCACAAGGCAUGGAGAUGAAGAUAGAUGCAUGUAGACGACAGCUGUGACUGUUAUUACUUUUUAUUUUUGACUCAUAGAUACCAACCCACACAAAACACCCACCCACCC